UUCGAAAUUCGAUUCCUUCAGGUUCAAGAAAUGAUGCUACUUCAGUAGCUUUCGGGUAUUGAUAGUCUCUGCUAUAUAAGUGCUUAUAAUUUUAAGCUUUACACAGAUAAGCAAACCUACCACUAAGGCACAUAGAUGCCCUUGUAGCUUUCUUGGAAAUGGGUUCAUCAAAGUACGCUCCACCUAGACGUUCAGUUCUCCACAAUGCCUCUUGUUUAAUCGCUUGCGGGUUCCUAUUUGCCGCAGGAGCAGCUUUGGCUGUAUCCUUGGGUUUGGCUCUCCUGCCCAUCAUAAACCCCGACACAAACUUUGACAACUUCAUCACCUGGAACAAAGUUACCCAAGGCCUUGACCCAGGAUAUGAUCCAGCUGAACCUACAUUCUAUGAUGAUCCAAACGUCAGCUACUCGAUUGGGCAACCUAUGGAAGACUGGGACGAGAAGCGCAAGAAGUGGCUGCUGCAUCACCCUUCUUUUGCCGCUGGUGUUGGUGAUCGGGUUCUUCUUGUGACAGGGUCUCAGGCAACAGCAUGCAGUAGCCCAGUUGGUGACCAUUUUCUGCUACGGUUUUUUAAGAACAAAGUAGACUAUUGCAGACUCCACGGCUAUGACAUCUUCUACAACAAUCUGGCGUUACAUCCAAAAGUGACUGGCGCCUGGGCCAAGUUACCUACUCUUCGUGCUGCCAUGUUGGCUCAUCCUGAGGCGGAGUGGAUGUGGUGGGUUGACUCAGAUGCGAUUGUCACAGACAUGGACUUCAAGAUCCCACUAGAGAGAUACAAAGACCAUAACCUAGUUGUGUAUGGCUUGUGGCAUGAGAUAUACGACAAGCACAGCUGGACAAGUAUCAAUAGCGGAGUGUUCUUGAUACGCAACUGCCAAUGGUCCAUGAACCUCAUAGAGGCAUGGGUCAUCAUGGGGCCACAGACCCCAUACUAUGAAAGAUGGGCCCGAAAGCAAUAUUCAUUGCUCAAAGACAAGCAAAUUUCAAAUUCAGACGAUCAAUCGGGUCUGAUUUAUCUUCUAAUAACACAGAAAGAAAGAUGGGCAAACAAGACUUAUGUAGAAAAUGAUUACUACCUACACGGAUACUGGUUGGCAACUGUGGAUGAUCUUGACAGCACCACCAAACGAUACAUGGAGAUUGACAAGGAGGUGGACAUGUUAAGGAGGAGACACGCGGAGAAAGUGAACCAGUUCUAUGGAACUAUGAGAGAGCAACAUGUGAAGGAUAAGGGCUACUGGAAAGAUUAUCUCAGAAGGCCUUUUACCACACACUUCACUGGGUGUCAACCAUGCAACGGGCAAUACAGCUCCGCUUACACUUGGGAAGCUUGUUGGAGUGGGAUGCAGAGGGCUUUAAAUUUUGCAAAUAAUCAAGUGCUUAGAAGAUUUGGCUACAUGCAUCCGGACCUGCUCAACUCCUCAUUCGUGUCUCCUGUGCCAUUUGAUUUCCCGAUUGCUGAGUGAUUGGUUGCCGGUUCUGCAAUUUGUGCUCUUGCGGCCCUGCCAUACUUACAAGUAUUAUGGCAUCAAGCCAGGUUUAGUCCUACUUCUUCCUCUUUCCUAUAUUUUCUUCCUUCGUUCUUCUGUCAUGAUGGUCAAGACUUCCCUUCCUAAAGUUUUACCAGUAUGGUCCAUUAGGAUCAAACGCCAUCUGUUCUCCAUUCCCCACCCUGAUAAUUCUAUGUCUAUGCUUGUUUCUCCACCAUCAGCC